AUGGAUUCUUCCAGAGGCCCUCCGCGGGUCAAGAACAAGGCCGCUGCGCCUCAGCAAAUAUCAGCCGAACAGCUAUUGCGCGAGGCUGUCGACAGACAAGAGCCAGGACUACAGGCUCCGACCCAACGGUUUGCGGACCUGGAGGAGCUUCAUGAAUUUCAAGGACGCAAGCGCAAAGAAUUCGAGGACUAUGUUCGCCGAAAUCCAAUUAACAUGAACAACUGGAUGCGAUAUGCGCAAUGGGAACUCGAGCAGAAAGAAUACAGGCGAGCCCGCUCCGUCUUCGAGCGAGCCCUAGAUGUGGAUAGCACAAGUGUAAUCUUGUGGAUCCGUUAUAUCGAGGCAGAAAUGAAGACACGGAACAUCAACCAUGCACGAAACCUGCUCGACCGUGCCGUCACGAUCCUUCCCCGCAUUGAUAAGCUGUGGUAUAAAUAUGUCUAUAUGGAAGAGACAUUGGGUAAUGUGCCGGGGACUCGCCAGGUUUUUGAGAGAUGGAUGAGCUGGGAACCUGACGAGGCUGCUUGGCUGGCGUACAUCAAGCUGGAAAAGAGAUAUGGAGAGUUCGAUCGGGCAAGAGCCAUUUUCGAGCGCUUUACCAUUGUUCACCCUGAGCCACGAAACUGGAUCCGAUGGGCCAAGUUUGAGGAAGAAAAUGGCACGAGCCAGCUGGUUCGGGAUGUUUUUGGGGUUGCCAUCGAGACGCUGGGAGACGACUUUAUGGACGAGAAGCUGUUCAUCGCCUAUGCACGGUACGAAGCCAAACUCAAAGAAUACGAGCGAGCACGGGCAAUCUACAGAUAUGCACUUGACAGACUUCCUAGAUCUCAAUCGGCCUCUCUACACAAAUCCUACACGCAGUUUGAGAAACAGUUUGGAAAUCGGGAGGGUGUGGAAGACGUGAUUCUUGCCAAGCGAAGAGUACAGUACGAGGAACAGCUGAAAAGUAAUACUCGGAACUACGAUGUUUGGUUUGACUUUGCCCGGUUGGAAGAAACUGGAGGCGAUGUGGAAAAGGUGCGGGACGUGUACGAAAGAGCCAUCGCGCAAGUUCCCCCGUCACAAGAGAAGCGGCAUUGGCGAAGAUAUAUUUACCUCUGGAUCUUCUACGCUCUAUGGGAGGAAAUGUCGAACAAAGAUGUCGAACGAGCCCGGCAAGUCUACCAGGAGUGCCUGAAAUUGAUUCCGCAUAAGAAGUGGACGUUCGCCAAAGUCUGGAUCAUGACAGCACAGUUUGAAGUCCGUCAGAUGCAAUUGCAAGCGGCACGGAAAACCCUUGGGCAAGCUGUUGGGAUGUGCCCGAAGGACAAAAUAUUCCGCGGGUACAUUGACCUGGAGAAACAAUUAUUUGAGUUCCUGCGGUGUCGGACCCUCUUCGAAAAGCAGAUCGAGUGGAAUCCAUCCAACAGUCAAGCGUGGAUUCAAUUUGCCGAACUUGAACGUGGAUUGGAUGAUCUGGAUCGAGCAAGGGGGAUAUUUGAGCUAGGCAUUGAGCAGCCGACGUUGGACAUGCCAGAGCUUGUUUGGAAGGCCUACAUUGACUUUGAGGAAUACGAAGAAGAAUAUGAGCGAGCACGGGCACUUUACGAAAGACUACUCCAGAAGACCGAUCACGUUAAGGUGUGGAUCAACUAUGCACGAUUCGAGAUCAACGUGCCGGAUCCCAAUGAGGCAGAAGGCGGUGAUGAGGAUGACCAGAAGGUGGGUGAAGAGGCGAAACAGAAGGCGCGGAACGUGUUUGAACGGGCGCAUGACGUUUUCAAGACCAAGGAAAUGAAAGAAGAACGGGUCGACUUGCUCAACGCGUGGCGCUCAUUUGAGCGAACUCACGGCUCAGAAGAGGAUAUCGAGCGGAUCGAGAAGCAGAUGCCGCGUAAAGUCAAGAAGAGGAGGAAGAUGGAAGAGGACCGAUUCGAAGAGUACAUUGACUAUGUGUUCCCAGCAGACGAUGAAAGCGCGGCGAAGUUGUCCAAGAUGUUACAGAUGGCACAUCAAUGGAAAGCACAGAAGCAAGUAAACGGGUCUGGAGAGUAG